UGCCACAAAGAGAAAAGAUAAAAGCUCGACGUGGAUGCAAUUUCAUUAGUGUGUAAAUUGUGCGAGAUCUAAGAGUCGAAGCAGAGCAGGAAAAGGAGAAGGAGAAGACACACCACCCGCAACUACAACCACAACCACAUCCACAACCACAGCCACAGCCACAGUCUCUACUCUCCACCACACACUCGCAACACACACGCGAAGAAAGAGAGAGAGGGAGCGGCUCGAAAAUGCGGCGGCAGUCAACGAUGCUGGCCGCGAUAUUGCUAGCUGCCUUUUUGGGCAGUGCAACUGCAAGAACCAACUCCCCGCCACGGAUCAUCAAGCAGCCGGCACCCGGCGAGCUUCUCUUCAAGGUGGCGCAGCAGAAUAAGGAGAGCGACAAUCCAUUUAUUAUCGAGUGCGAGGCCGAUGGACAGCCCGAGCCAGAAUACUCAUGGAUAAAGAACGGCAAGAAGUUCGACUGGCAGGCGUACGACGACCGAAUGCUGCGGCAGCCGGGACGCGGCACAUUGGUGAUCACCUCGCCGAAGGACGAGGACCGAGGACACUACCAGUGCUUUGCGUCGAACGAGUUCGGGACGGCCACGUCGAACUCCGUGUACGUGCGGAAGGCUGAGCUGAACGCGUUCAAGGACGAGGCGGCCAAGACCGUGGUGGCAGUGGAGGGGGAGCCCUUCAUGCUGAAGUGCGCGGCGCCAGACGGCUUCCCCAGUCCGACGGUCAACUGGAUGAUGCAGCAGUCGAUCGACGGCAGCAUCAAGUCGAUUAACAACUCGCGCAUGACCCUCGACCCGGAGGGCAACCUCUGGUUCUCGAACGUGACCCGCGACGACGCCAGCGAUGACUUUUACUACGCCUGCUCCGCGACCUCCGUGUUCCGCAGCGAGUACAAGAUCGGCAACAAGGUCCUGCUGGACGUGAAGCAGAUGGGCGUCAGCGCCUCCCAAAACAAGCACCAGCCGAUCAGGCAGUACGUUUCCCGUCGCCAGUCCCUCGCGCUGCGCGGCAAACGCAUGGAGCUGUUCUGUAUCUACGGCGGCACGCCGCUGCCCCAGACCGUGUGGAGCAAGGAUGGACACCGGAUACAGUGGAGCGACCGCAUCACGCAGGGCCACUAUGGCAAGUCGCUGAUCAUACGGCAGACGAACUUUGACGACAACGGCACCUACACCUGCGACGUGUCUAACGGCGUGGGCAACGCCCAGUCCUUCUCCAUAAUACUGGAGGUGAACGCCAUCCCCUAUUUCACCGUAGAACCUGACUUCAAGACGGCCGCCGAGGACGAGGAGGUGGUCUUCCAGUGCGAGGCAGCCGGCUUCCCCGAGCCGAAGAUCAGCUGGAUCCACAACGGCAAGCCCAUCGAGCAGAGCACGCCCAAUCCCAGGCGCACCGUCACCGACAACACCAUUCGCAUCGUGAAUCUGGUGAAGAGCGACACGGGAAACUACGGCUGCAACGCCACCAACUCCUUGGGCUACGUCUACAAGGAUGUGUUCCUCAACGUGCAGGCCCUGCCCCCAGAGAUCGAGGAGCCGCCGACCGCCCUCUCCACCGUCGACGGACGCAACGUGACCCUGCGCUGCCGCGUAACCGGGGCCCCCAAGCCGCAGGUGAGGUGGCUGCGGGCCACCAACUGGCUGACCGGAGGACGCUACAUCGUGCAGGCCAAUGGGGAUCUGCAGAUCCUGGACGUGACCUUCUCGGACGCCGGGCAAUACACGUGCUAUGCGGAGAACAAGUUCGGGAACAAGUCCGCCGAGGGCUCGCUGACAGUGAUGGAGCACACGCGAAUCACCCAGGAGCCGCAAAACUACGAGGUGGCCGCCGGACAGUCGGCCACGUUCCGCUGCAAUGAGGCGCACGACGGAAAUCUGGAGAUCGAGAUAGACUGGUGGAAGGACGGACAGCCGAUCGACUUUGAGGCGCAGCCGCGGUUCGUCAAGACCAACGACAACAGCCUGACGAUUGCCAAGACGAUGGAACUGGACUCCGGCGAAUACACGUGUGUGGCACGCACCCGACUGGACGAGGCCACCGCGAAGGCGAACCUGAUCGUCCAGGACGUGCCGAACGCCCCCAAGCUGACGGGCAUAACCUGCCAGGCGGACAAGGCGGAGAUCAUGUGGGAGCCGCAGGGCGACAACCGAUCGCCCAUCCUGCACUACACGAUCCAGUUCAACACCUCAUUCACCCCCGCCUCGUGGGACACGGCCUUCGAGAAGGUGCCCAACACGGACUUCUCCUUCGUGGUCCAGAUGUCUCCGUGGGCCAACUACACGUUCCGCGUGAUCGCCUUCAACAAAAUCGGCGCCUCGCAGCCGUCCGCCCAUAGCGAGUCCUGCACUACCCAGCCGGACGUGCCCUUCAAGAAUCCGGACAACGUUGUGGGCCAGGGAACGGAGCCCAACAACCUGGUGAUCUCGUGGACCCCCAUGCCGGAGAUCGAGCACAACGCCCCGAAGUUCCAGUACCGCGUUAGCUGGAAGCGUGACAUUCCCGCAGCCGCCUGGGAGAACAAGGACAUCAACGAGUGGCACCAGAACAACAUCGUGAUCACCGACCAACCGACAUUUGUCAAGUACCACAUCAAGGUGGUAGCCAUCAACGAGCGCGGCGAGUCGAACGUUGCUGCCGAGGAGGUCAUUGGCUACUCGGGGGAGGACCGUCCGCUGGACGCGCCGACCAACUUUACGAUGCGUCAGAUUACAACGGCCACGAGCGCCUACCUUGCCUGGACCCCCGUCAGCGAGGAGUCCGUGCGCGGGCACUUCAAGGGCUACAAGAUCCAGACCUGGACCGAAAAGGAGGGCGAAGAGGGUCUGCGCGAGAUCCAUGUUAAGGGCGACACAGACACGGCCCUGGUCACGCAAUUCAAGCCAGACUCGAAGAACUUUGCCCGCAUACUGGCCUACAACGGACGAUUCAAUGGUCCACCCAGUGCCAUCAUCGAUUUCGACACGCCCGAGGGUGUGCCCUCCCCUGUGCAGUCGCUGGACGCUCAUCCGCUGGGCUCCUCCGCUUUCUGGGUUACCUGGAAGAAGCCGCUGCAUCCCAACGGAAAACUGACCGGCUACAAGAUCUACUAUGAGGAGGUCCAGGGCAGCUUUGUGGGCGAGCGACGCGAAUACGAUCCCCAUAUCACCGAUCCGAGGAUCACGCGCAUGAAGAUGGCUGGCCUGAAGCCCAAGACCAAGUACCGCAUCUCCAUUACGGCUACCACCAAGAUGGGCGAAGGAACUGAGCACUACAUCGAGAAGAGCACUCUGGGGGAUAGCAACUUGGCACCAGCUACGCCCAGCUUUGCCUGGGAGCAGUUGCCGUCGGACAAUGGACAGGCCAAGUUCCGCAUCAACUGGCAGCCGAGCACCGAGGGACACGCGGGCACUCACUUCUUCACCAAGUACAGGGUCAAGGGUGAGACGCAAUGGUCCGACGCAAAGGAGGAGAAAAUGACUGACUUCCAGGAGAUAGCCGGUCUCGAUCCAGAGACCGCAUACGAGUUCCGGGUGGUGUCCGUCGAUGGACAUUACUACACGGAAAGCGCCACGCAGGAGAUCGACACGAAUAGCGUAGAGGGACCGAUAAUGGUGCCCAACGAAACGGUAGCCAACGCCGGCUGGUUCAUUGGCAUGAUGCUGGCCCUGGCCUUCAUCAUCAUCCUGUUCAUAAUUAUCUGCAUCAUUCGUCGCAACCGAGGCGGCAAGUACGAUGUUCACGACCGGGAACUGGCCAACGGAAGGCACGACUAUCCCGACGAAGGAGGUUUCCACGAGUACUCGCAACCUUUGGAUAACAAGAGCGCUGGUCGCCAAUCCGUUAGUUCAGCGAAUAAACCGGGAGUGGAGAGCGACACCGAUUCAAUGGCCGAGUACGGCGAUGGCGACACAGGUCAAUUCACUGAAGAUGGCUCUUUUAUCGGCCAGUACGUGCCCGGGAAGCUCCAGCCGCCAGUCAGUCCACAGCCGCUUAACAGCUCCGCCUCAGCGCACCAACAGGCGCCGCCCCAGACAAGUGCUGCCGCAGCAGCAGCCGCAGCCGCAGGCGGAAGCAACGGCUCCGGAUUGGGAUCAGGAGCGGUAGCAGGAGGAGCUGGGACAGGAGCCAGCAAUGGAGGAACUGGCUCGACCAACACUGCCGCGGUAGCCACAUACGUCUAAGAGUCAUGCCUGGAGCUGAAUGAAUUUCCUAUGAGUUCUUGAUUUUCUUCAACUGAUUCUAUGCCCCAAAACAUUUUUGUAAUUGUAUUUGUAAAACGAAAACUGCUUUAAGUGUCUGC